GUGGCAAAAAGCGGUGUUUUCAGGCUUUUCUUUGGAUAGUUUUCCUAGAACCUUUUUUGUUAGGAAAGUCUGUUUCGCAGGAAUAAACAGGAUUGUUUAUUUUUGGAAUAAGAUGGCGUCUUCAUCAGUUCCUAAUCGCUACAGAAGGGAUGCGAGCACAGAAAUGAUAAGAACCAAAGUUGCUCACCGAAAAUCAAUUACGUGGAAGGAAAACAGAUAUAAGAAAUAUGAACAGAAUAGACACUUUGGCUUAAUAGAUGUCAAUACCACAACCUUAGAAGAGAGAAAUGUUCCUCUACUGGAUGAGACUAUUGAAAACAUUCUGGAAAAGGACACUGUUAAGCCAAAGUUAACUCUCAAUAGUAUACGCCAGAUGCUGAGUGAUCAGCGAAAGGAGAAGCUUCAGCAGUAUAAAGAGAAAAAGCUGCUUCAAAAACUGAAAGAGCAGCGAGAGAGAGCCAAAGGAGGAGUAUUUAAAGUCGGGCUUUACAAACCUGACCCACCACAGUUUCUUCGAGCUCUUCCAGGACAGAAGACAGUGAAACCUGAACCAAAGAAGGCUAUCCAGACCUCUGUACGGAUCACAAGGUCAAAGGCUAAGAAUCAAAUGGAGCAGCCAAAGAUCUAUGUUGACCAGGUCAAUAAUGGGCACAAUAUGGAAGCAGUCCAGCCUGGCCAGAAGCCAACUGCUGAACAGCAUUCUAGCAAAGAAAGGAAAGCUCUACAACCUGAUAUGAGAGUGACUAGAUCAGCAGCAAAACAGCUCCCUAAACUAGCCUCAUCUCUUCCAGUGAGAAGGCCGACGCCAAAACCUGUCAGUGAAAACCAACCAGAAAGAAAAGCUCCAACUGAAGAAAGACCUCCUCCAAAGAUAGAACUUAAAGCUGACAAAGUAAAGGACCUUCCUUCCAAAGUUGGUGUGAAAGAAGAUUGCUCAAAGGACCCACUUACUGAAGGACCUUCUCAUGACUUUGAAAAAUCACCAACGGAAGAAAUUGCUGAAUUUCUUGGAAAAGAAUAUUUACCUGAGACAAGUUUUACUUCUCAAGUGAGAGAGAAGCCCUCCUUUGCACCUGAAAAUUUUAUGUUUCAACCACUAGAUAGUCUAAUGAACUACAGAAUGAAACCCAUUUCCCCACAAAAGGAACAUACUUUUGUGGAACUUAGUUGUUUCUGGAGUCCUUUGCAAAUUAAAGAUGAUAACUUUCAAGAAUCAAAAAAAGAAACUUUGAAAGAGAGUAAAACUCAUUGUAAUACCCCAGCUCAGCAGGAUCUGAUUGAUUGGCAAACUCCUCCAAGAUCCCAGGAAAUUCUGGAUAAAGAUCAUCUUUCAAAUAAAAAUGGAGAAACUAAAACAAAUUCAGAUGACCUUCCAUUAAAUGCACAUAUCCCUUUGCUUGAAAUAAAUGAAUAUCAAGUAGCACCACCACAACAUGAUGUACCAUAUUUCAGAAAUAUUCUUCAAUCAGAAACUGAGAGAUUAACAGGAUUCUGCCAUGAAUGGGAAAAGAAACUUAUACUGGAUAUUCCUGAUGAUGCUAAAGAUCUCAUUCGCACAACAGUCGGUCAAACAAGACUCCUUAUAAGUGAAAGGUUCAAACAGUUUGAAGGAUUGGUGAAUGAUUGUGAGUAUAAAUCUGGCCAAAAGAAGAUUACCUGCAUGGAUCUGGAUGGAUUUUGGGAUAUGGUUAAUUUUCAGGUAGAAGAUGUGAACAACAAAUUUGAAAAAUUGAGUAAGCUUCAGGAAUCAGAAUGGCAAGAAAAAAAUACCAUAAGCCAAAAAGUUAUUCGGAAGAAAGCUGUCCCAGUUGAAAAAUGCAAGUCAAAACAGGAUGGUGCUGCAAGAACUGCCGCUCGAAGUCGCCUGGCCGCUCUGAAAGCAUCAAUGAGAGAGAGACUGAAGCAGGAAGAGCCUUCCUUUGAGGUUGUGGCUCCUGUGGUAUCAAAAGCAAAGGAAAUUGACAAGAUCGUUUUUGAUGCUGGGUUUUUCCGAAUCGAAAGUCCAGUUAAGUCAUUCUCAGCCAUCAGUGAGUCUAAAGAGAUUGUACAUAACAAAUCAGAUGAUCCAAUUGAACACAAAACACCUGGGAAUAAGAAAUGAAAGCUUCUUGAAGGAAACUGGAACCGCUUAACGUUCCCCCUUCCCGCUGUAUCACUAAUGUAAAAAAGCCACCAUAAACCCUGACUAAAAGCUGUCAAAGCCAUUCAUGAAUGUUUUGUAAGCCUGUUUUCGGAGGAUUACAGAUUGUCUGUGAAAACCUUUGUUGACACUGAGCAGCCUGGGAACAUUGUUUAUUUAAGAACAUUUCCAGAGAUUUCAUUGAUCUUUAUUGUUGGGUCUUUAUUAUUUUUAUUAUUGUUGUGCUGUUCUUUUAUGUUAGAGUGAUUGCAUAUGAUAAGAUAUUUACA